AUGGGGCCAUACAAUCAGACAAGUGCUGCUGAAUUUGUGCUGCUGGGAUUCUCCAGGGAUCAAGGCACCAACUUCUUACUCUUUGCGGUAGUCCUCCUCAUGUACCUCAUCACCUUGGCAGGCAACACCCUCAUCAUCGUAGUCAUCUGCACUGACCCCCACCUCAGUACACCCAUGUACUUCUUCCUGAGUAAUCUGUCCUUCCUGGAUAUUUGCUACACCACAAGUGUGGUACCCCAGUUGUUGGCCCAUUUCAUGAUUACCUACAAGGCCAUCUCCUUCAACAGGUGCAUGGCUCAGCUCUACAUUUCUUUCUCAUUCGGCAGCACUGAGUUUCUCCUGCUGGCUGCCAUGGCUUAUGACAGAUAUGUGGCUGUCUGCCAUCCCUUGCAUUACAGGGUCCUCAUGAACAGAAGACUGUGCAUGCAGUUGGCAUCAGCUUCUUGGACAUAUGGCUUCCUCAAUGCGCUGGUGCACACAGUGUUUGCCAUGUGCCUUCAUUUCUGCGGUUUCAAUGCCAUCGACCACUUUGCUUGUGAAGUGCUGGCCGUCAUCAAGGUGUCUUGCUCAGACACAUCUGUCAAUGAGAUUUUGCUUGUGGUGGCAGGGGUCUUUGCGCUGCUGAUUCCCUGCAUUGUGGUGAUGCUCUCCUAUGUGUACAUCAUCAGUGCCGUCCUGCACAUCCGCUCCCCAGAUGGCCGGCAGAGAGCCUUCUCCACAUGUACUUCUCACCUAACUGUGGUUAUUCUCUGUUAUGGGUCAGCAAUCUUUGCUUACAUGAGUCCUAAAACCAACACGUCACCCAACCAGGACAAGAUGCUUGCGUUCUUCUAUGCAGUAAUUACUCCCAUGCUCAACCCUAUCAUAUACAGUCUAAGGAACAAGGAAGUGAAAGCAGCUCUGGCUAAAACAAUAGAGAAAUGUAGCCUUUCAGAAAGCCAUUGA